AAGAUGUACAGAUUAUCCUCAAAGGCUAACCAAGGCGAAGGCGAAAAAGAUAAAAGAAUAUAUGAGCAAAAAUUAAGGCGAAAAUGAUAGGCUCUCUUUAACGGCCACAUAUGGCUUUGUUUAGCUUGAAACCUCUGCAGCAGCAUCACCACACUCAGUUUCUGUCAUGUUAUAUGUGUAAGUUCGCUCUGCAUUCCUUUAACUUGAAUUAUUCAUGUGUUAAUCUCAGUUUUACACCUACAAAACACACACUCCGUCGCAAGAUUUCACCUUUUUUACAAGUUAAAGCACAUGUGACUCACUUGAAAGAGACUAAUGAUACAGAACAAAAUCAUUCUGAUAAUGGUGAUGUUUUCAGUUCUGGGGUUGCUUCUUUUAGGCAUAGAGAUAAAAGGGUGGAAAAGGAAACAAUGAAAAAUGAGUUUAGUAAUGAAAUGAGGGAGCAAAAGGGGGGUGUUUUGAGGAUUAAAGAUAGGUAUGUGAGGAACAAGGGUAGUGGGUCUGAGAGAAAGAAAGAUAUGGGUCAUGGAUUAAAGUCUAAUGUCCCGAAAAAUCGGAAGAAUAGUAGAGUUAAGGGGGAGGAUGUGGUUAGUAGUUGUAAGGAAGGAGAUGGUGAUAAGGUAGGGGUUGUGGAGAAGAAAGGAAGAAGGUCGAAGAAAACGAAAGAGGAUUCCCAGGAGGGUAUGUUGAAGAUUGGUUUAGAUAUGUGCUCGAAAAGAGGGGAUGUUAUUGGUGCAAUUCAGCUUUUUGAUUUGGCUCAAAGAGAUGGUAUACAGUUGGGACAGUAUCAUUAUGCUGUGAUUUUGUAUCUUUGUUCUUCAGCAACUACUGGGAUUGUUCAGCCAGCGAAAAGUGGCAAAAGCAGUCGGAGUUUGAGCUCGGUGGAUGUCCCGAUUUCAAGCCCAGGAGAAUUGAGUGAAGUUGAGGAAGAUAAUUCUCGUGGUGAAAUAAUGAAUGAUGGUUUAGGUUGUGUUUUCGUUGGGAAAGGGAAGUCUAAUGGGUCUGUAGAUCUUAGACCUCAGACCUUGGAUGAGUUGUUUCAUCUGAUUAAGAAUGAUGUUGGCUUUACGAAUGUGAAAUAUGUUAGUGGUGGCCAGAAAGACUAUCAAAUUCAAGUAAGUGAAGACGUCCAAGGCUAUGCACGUGAAAGGGGGUUUGAAAUAUAUAAGAAGAUGCUUUCGGAACAAGUGCCAAUGAAUGAAGCAACAUUGACUUCUGUGGCUAGAAUGGCAAUGUCCAUGGGUAAUGGUGAAAUGGCUUUUGAUAUUAUUAAACAAAUGCAGGCCUUAGGGAUUAACCCUAAAUUAAGGUCUUAUGGCCCUGCUCUUUCUGUUUUUACUAACAAUGGAGAUAUUGAGAACGCGUUUAUUGUGGAGAAACACAUGUUGGAGCAUGGUGUUUACCCAGAGGAGCCUGAACUGGAAGCACUUUUACGAGUAAGCAUAGAAGCUGGCAGUGCCGACAAGGUUUACUAUUUGUUGCAUAAGCUUAGAACAAGUGUCAGGAAAGUCUCGCCUAAUACUGCAUGCCUGAUUGAGAGCUGGUUUUGCAGCAAGGUAGCUGCUAAAGUAGGAAAAAGAAAAUGGGAUCCAAAAUUAGUUGAAGAAGCAAUUGCAAAUGGUGGUGGUGGCUGGCACGGUCAGGGAUGGUUGGGUAACGGAAAAUGGUUGGUUUCACGCACUUCUAUUGGAGCUGAUGGAUUGUGUAAAUGCUGUGGUGAAAAACUUGUCACCAUUGAUCUUGAUCCUACAGAAACUGAAACAUUUGCUGAAUCAGUUGCAAGUAUAGCUAGAGAAAGAGAGAAAAAUGCAAAUUUUGAGAGAUUUCAAAAAUGGCUUGAUUAUUAUGGACCAUUUGAAGCAGUGGUGGAUGCCGCAAACGUGGGCCUAUAUAGUCAAAGGAACUUCAAACCUUCCAAGGUCAACGCUAUUGUAAAUGGUAUACGACAGAUGCUACCUUCAAAGAAAUGGCCACUCAUUGUAUUGCAUAAUAGGCGUAUUAAUGGACACAAGAUGGAUGAACCAUUCAAUAAGGCCCUGAUAGAAAAAUGGAAACAUGCAGAUGCACUAUAUUUAACACCUACUGGAUCAAAUGAUGAUUGGUACUGGUUGUAUGCAGCUAUAAAAUUCAAGGGCUUACUUGUUACCAAUGAUGAAAUGAGGGACCAUUUGUUCCAGCUAUUAGGAAAUGAUUUCUUCCCAAAAUGGAAAGAGAGGCAUCAGGUGAGGUUCACUUUUUCUGAUAUAGGUCCUGUUUUUCACAUGCCUCCCCCGUGUUCUGUUGUCAUCCAGGAGUCUGCUAAUGGCUUCUGGCAUGUACCAUUGGUAUCAGAAAGUGAUUCUGAGAUGGAAAGAACCUGGUUAUGUGUUACACGUGCAAAAUCGCAAACAAAGCAGAAUCUGGCCACUAAACAGCAAGACUCGCCAAGACCCCGUCGCAAGAGAGAAGAUGCAAGCUCAGAAAGUUUGAUGAAAGCUCAGGUAAAGCUACCGCCAUUCAAGCAUGGCAACCAUCAAAGCGGUAAACCAUCACCUGAAGAACUUUUUGAUAAUAUUAAAGAGAUUGUAUCUCCAUCCGCACUAACUAAUAACGCUACAAUCCUACAACAGAUUAAUGCUGCGGAGAAGCUAGGUGGUUGUACAUUAGAUUUUGAGAUAUAGCAGAGAUAGAGCUAUCCAGGUUUAGAACCUGAUUAGUUAGUCGACACUUGAGGGUUGAGGCUGUCAUAAAUUUUUGAACCUUUUUGUAUAGAUACAUUUUUAUUUCUAUCUAACUGGUUUCUAGCUUUGAAGUUCUUUACAUA